AUGUAUCGGCUAGGUGUGUGUUUGGUCCUGAUAGCGGCGGACAGUUGCGGCGCGCGUUUGUUCUGCGAGAAGAGCAAGGCGCCGCUGGAGGUGGGCACCUGGGCGAGUGGCCUGAGGCACCUGGACUCGGCGGUCGUCGAGAACGGUGCGGUGUCCGUGCGAGAGGGACAGGUGUACGUUUACGAGAACUCCUUCCCCGGCCACGUGAUAAGAUACCUCCACGUGGACAACGUCGCGAUAAGGUCAUGCGGCGCCAGCGCCGUAGUCAAAAAGGGCGGCGUGGGCGCCUCCUCGGUUCUGAUAGUCCUGCACGCGGCCGCCAACGAGGAGAUCCGCUCGGUCGUCGACAUCUGGGGCUCGAGAGGCCAAGACGCGGGCGCACCAUCAGCGCCGAGCGAGGGCCCCAACAACAUGAAGUCCAUAUACUUGUACGGGGAUUUUCGCGCGAUUAACCAUAAUAAGGGGUUCAAAGUCUCUGUA